AUGCAAGGGAACAAGGACACGAAACUGAAGGCUGUCCUUGAGGCGCAUGUGAGAAAGUCUGCUGCGCCCGCGCCGUCGGAGGUCCCCGCCGAGGUAUUGAAGCGCCCAGCGGGCGCGUGGAAGGGUGCGUGCCGCAAGCACGAAAGUGCGGGAGCCGACGUGGUGAAGCUCCAGGGCGGUCAGUGGGUGCUGGCCGUGGUCAAUGGCCACGCCCAGGCGCAGGGCCUCGUCACCAAUGCAGCCGCUCGGCCGCGCUGCGCGACAGUGCAUCGCCAGCUGGCCGUGUCCUUCUACGCGCGUCCGUCCAUGGGCUUCGACAGCAUCAACCCAGCCAUGUUCCAGAGGCUGGGCGCGCUGUUGGAGCCAAUCGAACUGAUCGUCAAUGCCACGCG